AUGCUCACCACCAAAUGUCUCUCUCGCGCCGCACUUCGAGCUCCCCACACCCCGCAGUCAUGUAGGAAUAUUGCCAGCAAGGCAUCACGGCCUCGAGUACGAACAGCAGCACACCCAUAUGCCCAGCGCCGACAACAGCAUUUUGUCCGAUCAGUCGCCACAGUCACGGCCCUCUGGGCGACAGCCAGCGCACUGCAGUGGUGCAACAACGGUGAAACGAUUAUACGCGAAGCCCAUGCCGAGGAACCCGAAAAAGACGAGGUCCAACUCACCUUUGAAACACCCCGACGGCAGCCCACGUCGAGCGAUGACAACAGAAACAUCAUCAGUUCACAGCACUUGCAGGUCAUCAAAAGUUGGGAGAAUCCAGGUGUUUAUGCCUGGGGAUCCAAUGCUGGCAAGGCAGUUGCGCCCGACUCGGAUGAAAAGUACAUCAAGACUCCACGACGGAUACACUGGUUCGACGGCAAGCUGCUGCGGGAUAUCAAGCUGGAUCGCAACUUUGGCGCCGCCAUUGACGAAAAGGGAGAUUUACUCCAGUGGGGUCUCGCAUUCUCACAAGACGUCAAUGAGCCUACCAAGACACUGAGAGGGCAGAAUUUGAAGUCGCUGGCCAUUUCCAAAGACCGCAUCAUUGCGCUUAGCUCAAGCGGCCAGGUGUACUCGAUACCCGUCUCGCAAACAGAACAAAAUGAGGGCCCAAAACCCGAAUCAAAGUCAUGGAUACCAUUUUGGGGCGGCUCAAAUCACCUCUCGUACCGCAUCCGCACACCUGAGAAUCUAGGCUGGAGCGAGAAGGUGACGGCCAUAUCCUCUGGCCUCGAGCAUGCUCUCAUGCUCACCUCGACCGGCCGCGUUUUCUCCUUUGCUUCCGGCUCCCAAGACUUCCCCAGCAAAGGCCAACUCGGGAUCCCAGGUCUGACAUGGGCAACCCGACCUCCCGGCGCAUUCGAUAUCCCUCACGAAAUCACCACACUCAAGGGCUUCCCCAUCAGCAAGAUCGCAACUGGCGACUACCACAGCCUCGUCUGUGACACCGCCGGACGCGCCUUCACAUUCGGUGACAACACCUCUGGGCAACUCGGCUUUCCUUUCAACGCCGAGGCCCCCUAUGUCGACGCACCUUCACUCCUUCCCACACAGCGUUUCUACACCGGCGCACAAGGGAAAGUGACCAACGUCUUCGCCGGUGGAAACACGUCUUACCUCGCCACUGAAUCCACAAAGCCCGACACCGGCCGCAUAACAGCAGACACCUGGUCCUUUGGCUUCGGCCUCACCGGCCAACUAGGCGUAGGCCGCUGGAUCCACGCUCAACCCGAUCCCACCAAGAUCCCCACCUUUUCCGGCCUCUUCGAAUGGGACGAGGCCAAGCACACCGCCAUCCCCAUCCGCCUCAACACCAUCUCCGUAGGCGCAACCCACGCCGCUGCCAUUCUUGACAACGUCGCCAGCGUCGCCGUCUCCGGCAAAUCCCGCUCCCUCACCGAAAACGACACCAACUGGGGACGCGACAUUUUGUUCUGGGGCAACAACGAAUACUAUCAGAUUGGCACCGGUAAACGCAGUAAUCUGGCUACGCCCGCCUACAUUCAGCCCCUCGAUCAAGCGGCGGAGAAUGAGCGCGCGGCUAGUGUGACUACUGCUGCUGGCGGCGUGGGGCAGAGGAGAGAAAAGGAAAUGCACAGGUUUCAGAUUACACCGAGGAAUAGGGUCAAGGUUGGUGGGCGAACGGUGGAUUUGGAACAAAAGGUGGAAUGUGGGAGGGGAUGUACGGCUGUUUAUUCUGCUGCUGUAUGA